UGGACUCUGAAUCCAGUAACCCGAGUUCAAGUCUCGGUGGAACCUAUUCCUUUUUUCAUUUUAUUUUUGGUUCAAAGUUGUGAGUGGGCCACUCUUCCUAUGGUGCUGUACUUCCCUCUUCUCCCGAGUUCUAUGGCCAAUUCCACUUCAAACACAAAUACUCAAAACUCGAACCUUUUUUCUUGUUUGCUACAAGUAUAUUUUGAUUUUGAUUGUCCAAGCUCUUGUUUUUCUCUUUUAUUUUCGCGGGAAAAUGGAUCAAGAAAGGGCCCGGAAGAUUGAGGAAACGGUGGUGGACAUACUGAGGAAUACGAGUUUGGCAGAGAUGACUGAGUACAAAGUCCGAGUCGCGGCCUCGGAGCGACUCGGAAUCGAUUUAUCUGAGGCGGAGUAUAAGAAGUUGGUGAGGAGUACGGUCGAGACUUAUCUGGUCUCGGCGGCGGAGCAGGAAGAACAGGAGAAGGAGAAGAGCAACCACAAGGAGGUGAAUGAGAAGGGUGAUCGCUUUAUUUGCAAGCUUUCAGAGAAAAGGAGUGUAGUGGUUCAUGAUUUCAAAGGGACAACGUUGGUGUCAUUUAGGGAUUUCUUUAACAAAGAUGGAAAGCAGCUUCCUUCUAACAAAGGAAUUAGCCUGCCAGCUGACCAAUGGUCUACCUUCAAGAACAACGUCGCUGCAAUCGAAGAAACCAUUAGGAAAAUGGAGUCAAAGUCAAGAUCUGAACUUGAUGAUAAAAAAACUGAAGAAGAUAUGAGGAAUUCAACAACUGAUAUUCAGCCUCAUGAACUUCCUAUAAAAGUCACCCGCUUGGAUGGGAAGAACUAUUUGCUGUGGGCACAACAGAUGGAACUUCUGUUAAAGCAAUUGAAGAUUGAAUAUAUCCUUUCUGAACCAAGUCCUAGUGCUGCUCUAGACCCAGAAGCAAGUACUGAAGAAAUCAGUCGGGCAAAGGCUGCCUUACAGAAAUGGAUUAAUGAUGACUACCUAUGUGUUCACAACAUCUUGAAUUCUCUAUCUGAUAACCUGUUUAAUAUAUACUCGAAGAAGACUAUGACAGCCAAAGAACUGUGGGAAGAGUUAAGAUUAGUUCAUCUAUGUGAGGAAUAUCGAACAGAAAGAUCUCAAGUUAAAAAGUAUAUUGAGUUUAAGAUGGUUGAGGAUAAACCUAUAUUGGAACAAGUUCACGAAUUUAAUAAAAUAGCUGAUUCAAUUGUUGCUGCUGGUAUGGAUGUUGAGGAGAAAUUUCAUGUUAGCGUGAUCGUCUCCAAGCUUCCACCAUCUUGGAAGGACAUUAGUGUGAAGAUGAUGUGUGAGGAGUAUCUGCCUUUUUGGAUGUUGAUGAAUCGUUUGGGUGUUGAAGAAGAGUUACGAAACCAGCAUAAGCAACAAGUGCCCAUUCCGGCGGGCUACAGUCUACCUGACAAUAAUGUACAAAGGAUGAGACACCCGAAACCAUACAAUUUGCAUCCAAAGAAGCGAAAUUUGGAGAAAGAGAACAGAUUUUGUCACAAUUGCGGUAAGAAGGGGCAUCUUGUACAAAAUUGUUACAAUAAGACUUGGAGGCGUGACAGGGAGUUCAAUGAGAAGACAAACAAGAACGAGAAUAAUGGAUCUUUGUCUGCCAGUACAGAGUUCAACAUGAUUAAUGGAGCAGCAAAUAGUUAAUUUAUUAGACACCCAAGUUAUGUUUUUCUUUACUGUAAAGUAGAGGCAAAAGGCCAUUUCAAGUAGUGCCACUGCCUUUUCUGGUUUAUUGAAUUGCCCUUCUCCAGAAUUUCUUGGUCAUUUUUUUACCUCAUUGUGAUUCUUUCAAACUCUGCCUCAGCUCUCACUGUCAGUCCCUAAAAUCCAGGUUAUUAAUGGGUAUUAGUGAUUCAUACAUUAACGAGUACCUACUUUCUUAGAUAUCCUAAAUUGGAUGUUCAUUAGGUGAUGUGAGUUGUGGAUGUUGAGAACCUUGGUUGUGAUGAAUUGGAAGUUGAUGAUGAUGUUAAUGCUAUUGGGGGUUCCUCUUCCUCCACUCUCUCUUCUAAGAGCCUAUGGGCGGUUCCCGUAGCUCUCAUACUCGGGCAGUUGCCGUUGUGAAAUUCCUGUCUUCAGACCUGGAACUAGAGCCUGAAGGUGAAACGCAACAAAAAUGUGUAGUGUGGAAGCCUUUCAAGGUUUAGCUUAUGCCACGGAGAACCAUUUUGCUUAAAGCCUUUUGCAACUACUGUCAAGGUGGAUGCUCUUGCAAGGCUACUGAGAAAAAGGAGUGCAUGGGAUUGGAAAGAACCAGAUCGCAAAUAUGUAUUGUGUAUUGACACAAGAACUCUUUCAUGCUGGCGCAUUGGUAGAAUACUAACAACGUAGUUGAGAUGACAACGUUGGUGAUCUAGUCAAUUAUCUUAAACAUUGUACUUUGUUACAAUUUUCCUUAGUUAAUUAUUAAAAAUAGUAGGUAGUUUUUAGCAAGAAAUUACAGCCAUUCCCAAUGGAGUGGCAAAGUCAAAAAAGCAUGUGAUUUGACAAUUGUAAUAUAUGUUCAUGUUUUUCCAAUAAUACACUAACCGUUCAAGAAUA